CCCUGGUCAUAUUAAAUGUAUAGUAACCAGCUAUUCGAGCUUCUUUCUACUCGUUCUGGACCAAUAAAGCAUAUUUUGACCCCCCAGGUCUUUAUCAGCAGGACCCUCCACACUUGGGACAUGACCGGGAUUAAAUACCGUCUGAGCCUUCCUGUUGCUGCCGGAGCAAUAUUUGUGGCCAUUCCAUACAGCAUCUCGCUCCUUGCCCAGUGGUUGUACGGCUGGCCCGAUGAACCAGGGUACAAAAAGUACAUUCAGGCGCUUAAACCCAGGAGAGUGUAUUGUUUGACCAGGGCGGUGUUGGAAAUCCUGAAACAUGUGCAGUACAGCAGGCUGUAUUUUCACUGGAAGUCAUGGUACAAGGAUGUCAGCAAUAGUAAGCACUGUGUAAAGGGCGUCCCGUUCGGUCGCAGAGGCAACAAGUUAGACCUGUAUCACUCUCCAAGCAUGGGUCAAUCCGAAUCGGAACUUCUGCCGGUCGUGGUGUUUGUGUAUGGAGGAGCCUGGGGUUCAGGAGAGAGAUCAAUGUACUGCCUGCUAGCUCAUCAGCUUGCUAAAGAGCUCAACGCUUCUGUCAUCUGCCCCGAUUAUUCCACGUAUCCAAAAGGGAACGUUUUGAAUAUGGUUCAGGAUCUCUGUGACAGUCUGAUAUGGGUGAGAGAGAAUGGACGUUCAUUUCAUCUGGACUCGGACAACGUGGUGUUAAUCGGCCACUCAGCCGGGGCUCAUCUGUGCAUGCUUACCACACUGUUUCUAGUGGAAGCUCUGCAGGAACUGUUCACUGAGCCGUUCAGUCACAGAGAACUGACAGACUCGAUUAAAGGAAUCAUCGGACUGAGCGGUGUGUACGACAUAAUGGACCAUUACCUACAUGAGAAAAUGCGAGCUGUUGAAUACGUCUCCACUAUGCACAAAGCCAUGGCUGGAAUAGAAAACUUUGAUUACUAUUCACCUACAGUUCAUCUCAAGACACUGAACAAGGAGCAGUUACGAAGAGUUCCACCGGUAGCCGUGCUCCAUGGGACCAGUGACAUCAUCGUUCCUGUAGCGUCGUCGGAGAAACUACGUGAUGUCCUCGCUUCCCUCUCUGUGAGCGUGACUUUGUACCUCCUGCCUGGACUGAAUCACGCCGAGAUGGUGACGGAUCUCAUGGCAGAAGACAGACGGUUUUAUCACACGGUAUUCGGCUGCGUCAAACAAGAAUACAGCAGAUUUUAAAAUUAAUCACUUUUAUUUUUUAAUCAUUUUUAAACAUUUAACUUUUGUAUUAAAAUAAUUAAACUAA